AAUGUUGUGUUGAUGAUGAUGAGUUGGGUUGAGAUCCAGGAUGAUUGGAUCGGGAUGUGAAAUAAAAUUGGAAGUGUAAUAUGAUUUUGUCGACAACUUGGGACCCCCCAGUACAGGGGAGACUCUGUCGAAUUUUUUUUUUAAAUAAUCGAAGUUAAUUAUUCGUAUACAUGUGUGUAGAUGCGUAGAAUGAAAUCGACAGCACGUCGUCAGAAGACGGUUGCAGCUAGUUCUUCUAGCAGCGAGGAGGACGUAUCCUUAGGUGCUGAUCACGGCGAGGAAUCUACGCCAACUUGUGAUGCUGCCUCUUCUAGCGCGGUUUCACAGCGCAGAAGCGGUGUGCCUUCACAGCGGGGUCAAUUCACCCGCAAGUACCAGGCACAAUGGAAGGAUGACCUCUCAAUGUUUACAAACAUUGAGGCUGCAAGGACUAUAACAUUGGCGUUUAAAUCGUCGAUGGAGAUUCCAUUGUUUCAAUGGAGCCAGGUUUCCAAACAUCCUGAGUGGAAACCUAAUAUCGAUGCAUGGUUUAAGCGAUUUCAGGUCGGUGUUAAUUUUUAAUUUCCAGCUUA